AGCACAAGUUUAGUAAGAGGGAGCCGAACUCGGGUUUUUAUUCAAGUCGAGCCCGAAGAGUACGAGCAGUCUGGUCACCUGUUAAAUGUUAAACUGUAUAACGAUGAUCACCGCCGGGGAAGCAGAAGCAGCGGCGGCGGCGGCGGCGGCGGCAGCAAAAACGAACGAACCACCACUGAGUGUCUGGCUUCUCAAUUAGAACCCUGAUCAGGGUAAACCCUAAAAAUUCCAUGGCUCAACAGCCUCACCAAUUCCCCAUUUACCCCAUACUCCCCUCCAUGAACCCACUGCCGAUGCCCGUCCACCUGCCCCCCACGCCUAUGCCAUACUUGCCCCACGUGUCCGGUCCCGCACCUUCUGUCCCUGGAUUCUCCGCCGAGCAGGUCCACCCUUCCACGGCGAAGCGCCGGCGUGACAGCGGAGAUGAGCCGGCGUACGAAUCCGGAACGAAGCGGAGGGCGGUGGCGCUGGACGUGAUAUUCAGGAUACUGGUACCGUCGAGACAGAUCGGGAAGGUCAUCGGCAAGGAAGGCUACCGUAUUCAGAAGAUCCGUGAAGACACCAAGGCCACCAUCAAAAUCGCCGACGCCAUCGUUAGGCAUGAAGAGCGCGUGAUCAUUAUAAGUUGUAAAGAUACCGAGAGCAAAAUCUCUGAGGCAGAGAAUGCACUGCAACAGAUAGCUCAUUUAAUUCUUAAGGAGGAUGAUAGCAGCAAUGAGGCACUAAAAAUUGGAGCAGCUCAUGUGGCUGCUAAUACUAUAAGGCUUUUAAUUGCCGGGUCUCAAGCUGGAGGUCUAAUUGGUAUUUCUGGGGAAAAUAUCGAGAAGCUCAGGAACUCUUCUGGUGCUACUAUCACAGUUUUAGCUCCCACCCAGUUGCCCCUGUGUGCAUCCGCUCAUGAAUCUGAUCGAGUGGUACAGUUAUCAGGUGAUGUCCCGGCAGUGCUCAGCGCUCUGGAAGAGAUAGGGCACCAAUUAAGAGAGAAUCCACCCCGACAGGUGAUCUCCAUCAGCCCGGCCUACAAUUAUAGUUCAAUUCGGCCAACUCAAUCAUCUAUUGACCCAAAUUCAGCUGAUUAUGUGACAUUCGAGAUGCUGAUUUCCGAAACAUUGGUUGGUGGGCUGAUUGGGAGAGCUGGCUCCAACAUAUCAAGGAUAAGGAAUGAGACGGGAGCAAUGAUAAAGGUGUAUGGUGGGAGGGGUGAGCAGAAACAUCGGCACAUCCAGUUCGGUGGCAAUGCCCAACAGGUGGCUUUGGCCAAGCAGAAGGUUGAUGAGUACAUAUAUUCUCAGUUGAUACAGCAACCGGAUGCCUGACAGCUGAUGUAGAUUACUUUCUUUUAUGUCUGGUAAAUGAAUUGGUUGCGUGCUAUGGACCCGGAAUCUUUCUUUUCUGUUUUGGUUGGGAGGGAGGCUCUGUAUAUAGAUGGAACGGGUUAGCUCGGGUUCUCGUAGUUAUCUCGAAUGAAGAUAAAUGCAUAAGGUUAAGGUUAUUAGCGAAAAGGAUGAGAACCCGGAAGAUGGCUCAUCUGGUUGUUGUAAAUUAGCAAUUGUAUAACGGUGUCUGAAUUCAGAAUACAAGUUUCUCCCUCACAGAAAUCACAAAUAGAGGGUGUUAACUGAGCCAA